AUGGGGGCUGGAAUGGGCGGAAGGAGGGGCUGUGGCCCCGGGGGUCCGAGGACCCCCUCCAUCCCCCGCCACACCCGGGCAGCCCCCUCCCGCCAGGCCCUGCCGGACCCGCCGUCUUCUCCUUGUCACCCGCGGUUGCCUCGGGCGGGGAUCGGUGCCCCGGAGCGCAAAGCCUGACGCGUCCCCCCUUUCUCAUCCCCCCCCCACCCUCCCACCACCCAGUCCCUGGCGGCGAUGAGACAGAGCGGCGCCUCCCAGCCCCUGCUGAUCAACAUGUACCUGCCAGAUCCCGUCGGAGACGGUCUCUUCAAGGAAGGGAAGAGCCCGGGGUGGGGGCCGCUGAGCCCUGCGGUACAGAAAGGCAGCGGGCAGAUCCAACUGUGGCAGUUUCUGCUGGAGCUCCUGGCGGACCGCGCCAACGCCGGCUGCAUCGCGUGGGAGGGCGGCCACGGCGAGUUCAAGCUCACGGACCCAGACGAGGUGGCGCGGCGUUGGGGCGAGCGCAAGAGCAAGCCCAACAUGAACUACGACAAGCUGAGCCGCGCGCUGCGCUACUACUACGACAAGAACAUCAUGAGCAAGGUGCACGGCAAGCGCUACGCCUACCGCUUCGACUUCCAGGGUCUGGCCCAGGCCUGCCAGCCGCCGCCCGCGCACGCCCACGCCCCAGAGCCCUGA